UUAUUCAUUCACAACCUCAAACAUUUCAAAAUUUGAAUCUUUAGUCAAAAAUGGAAGCAAGAGAGAAACCAAAAACUCUCGAGCUAACAGUUUUAUCAGCGCAAGACAUCAACGUGAACGGAGAGCCGUCACUAACAAACGUCUUCGUCGUAGUUCGCGCCGAAUCUACCACCUCCCACACAACACCGUUGAGCACCGCCGUAGGCGGCGUCCAUUCAUGGAACGAGAAGUUCACAGUGGAGUUGUCCACCUACGCAAGGUCCAUCUCGUUCGAGGUAAAGUACCAAACGGCAUCCGGUGUGAGAGACAUCGGUGUGGCAAGAAUAGCGGUUUCGGAUUUUCUUGGAGGUUCGGUUCCGGAAAGUAAUUUGCAGGUUUUGAGCUAUGGGUUGAGGGAUUGGAAUGGACUCCGUUGUGGAGUGGUUAAUUUCUCGGUUAGGGUUGUUUAGGAACAAGGAAGGGAGGAGGAUGUUGUUGCACAUGGUGUUGUUACGGGGGUUCCGUGUUGGUGGAACAGCUAUAGUGAUGGUGGCAGUGUUUGAAUUUGUUUGAUGCUUGAUUCGCUGUUCGAUGUUACUUUCUCUUGUUUUUUUUCUCUGUUUCUUAUUUUCUGUACUAGAAGGUACCACGUACUUUCUUUUCUUUUUUUAUAUAUGCGAAUCUAUCUAUAUUUUA